UCCUGCUCUUCCAAAAUACAAAAUAAUAGUAAUAAUGAUAAUAACAAAUUGCAUCAGCACAGAAGAUUUUUUUUUUUUUAAUGCAAUGGUACACUGUAAAAGACUGACGUUUCGAUAUUGAUUACAUCAUCAUCAGUCUUUUGCUGUGUCUUAAAAACUUCUGUGCUGCUACGGUAUCUUCAUUUUGAUCAACUUGUCCCCUGCCGUGGAUGCACCAGUUGUUUGCAGAAGUGCAUGGAUCUACUCCUUUUUUGAAUUGCACAGUUAUGGGACAAAACAAAUCUGAAAUGCAAUUCAGUAUGUUUGCCUGACCCCAUCCAUUCCACUCAUUCUCAUUUAGGCUAUCUGAGAUACUAGUCUAGCUCCUCUCAAUGCAUUUAGGCUUUUCCCUCAGCCAUGCAGAUUGUAGGGCCAAUCAACAAAGGAGAUGAUGUUAGAUUCAAAAUUAAAAGUGGUUGUGGUCAAAGGUAGCAACACCUGCAGACAGGAAAAAAUUGCUGUCGGAGAAAUGUGUGGAUUUAUAGAUUUUUUCCUGGAUUUUUUUGUGUGGAUUUUUUCCUGACUGCUAAUGGGGUUCAAUAGGCUAUCAGUUUGUAGCCUAAAGGUUAGGCAAAGUAGGAAGUAAUAGUAAUCCCUGAUCAGUGUCAUUGGUUAAGUUGGACCAAUGUGGUGGACACAGUUCAACAAGCUUACAGUAACAACAGCAAGCUUGUCAAUGGAUUGCAACCAGGAUUCAGUUAAAAACUGAACAUCCUAGUUGGCAGACUAAAAAAUAAAUUAGGAUAGGCUACAUGUUGACAUACUGACUGACUUAAACACAUAGGCUACAAAUACUCCAACAACCGACUGAUCAUGUGUGGCUUGACUCUUGGCAUCAUAUCUAUUCGUAUUUCAUUAGUGGAAGAAAUCUUACUGAAAUCUUAUCUGGUCGAUACUGGACACAGUGAAAUUUUAUGCUCACUCAACUGCUGUUUGGUUUAUCUGAAAUUGAUUGCCAAGACUAGGAUACCCUUUUCUGUAGUCGAUUACUACAGCCUGGAUUUCAGUGUUCAGUGCCCAGCCCUGGCCCAGCCUUCCAUCCCCGUGCUGUACAGAGACGCUGUCUUGUAAAGUAACUAUUUGUUUAUAAAUUGCUCUGAAGUGCAACUGAUAUUUCUCUAAAAUGGCAGACGACGAACUGGAAGCGAUCCGACGGCAACGAAUGGCUGAACUUCAGUCAAAACAUGGGGGUCUAGCAUGGAAUCCCAUGGACCUGAAUUCAUCUAAUGAUCAACAGGGACAGCAAGAGGCCCAGCAACGGGAAGCAGACAUGAGAAAUUCCAUAUUGGCUCAAGUCCUAGAACAGUCUGCGAGAGCCAGAUUAAGUAAUCUGGCUCUUGUGAAGCCAGACAAGGCCAAAGCAGUGGAGAACUACCUUAUACAGAUGGGUCGCAUGGGACAGCUUGGCGGAAAGAUUUCAGAAUCUGGAUUGAUAGAGAUUCUUGAAAAAGUCAGUCAGCAAACAGAUAAAAAGACAACUGUGAAGUUCAACAGACGGAGGGUGAUGGACUCAGAUGAAGACGACGAUGAUUGAACAAAGCCAAAUUAUCUCCCUGGUGGGAGAGGUACUAGUUAGCAAUGUUCAAAGAUGGCUGUCUGUGACCUGCCUAAUGCUUGUUUUGAAGAGCAUCGUUUUGGACAGACUACCACACCCACCAGAGCACCGCAACAGGACAACGAUUUUAUUUGUGUAACUCACUCACUCAUUUUCUCACCAUGCCUGACAAUUGAUUUCCUUUCUGUCACAAGAGGCGAGGCAAAAUGCAGUCUUGUUUCUGCAAUUCUGCAUCUAUAUUUCUCCGAUAGACUCUUUCAGGGAUGCAGUAGACCAUUCGGAAUUAGCGUUGUACUGGAAGAUACCAUGGUAUCAAUUACUACAUGUUGUUUUUGUUUUCCUUUUUUUCUGCUAUCGUAUCUGCUACAGUUUACAUAAUAAAAAGCCUUAAACAUG